CGAGCUGUCAUCACACUCACACAAAUAAACGUGUUUUGCUCCUAAAUUCUUUGCAAUUUUCUCUCACUUCUAAUUAAUUCUUUUGUGCAAAUAGAGUGCAUACAAGUCCAAAGUUUUAUUUCGCGUGUGAAAAUCCUCGAGGUUCUGUGAAAAUUCGUUAAAUUGUGAGUUUUUCUCAAAUCGUUUACUUUUGAGGUAAAUAAAAUGACAAAAGGAGAUGCAGCAAAGGAUGGGAAGGAGAGUGAUGAUGGUAGAUCCGAUGGGGAAAUAUCACAGGAGUCGCCGAAAGGGAAGAAAUCCCGGAAUGAUGAGAAAAACGAUUCACAUCGUCGUCGUGAGGAACGUCCGGAAAAACGUCAUAGGGAGGAAAGGAGGCGUUCAGAUGAUGAGAGGAGUAGAAGGAGAGAUCGUCGCCGGUCGCGAUCAGAUUCUCCUGAGGAACGCCCGGAGAAGAGAAGGAGGUCAGAUGAGGAGAAAGAAAAGAGUAAUAAUCCGGAAGUGAUAACUGAGCGUCAACGUCGAACUGUGGAUUUGCUGACAUCCAAAACAGGUGGAGCUUACAUUCCACCGGCAAAGUUGCGCAUGAUGCAGGCAGAGAUUACGGAUAAGUCGUCAGCGGCGUACCAGAGAAUAGCAUGGGAGGCGCUGAAAAAGUCCAUUCAUGGCUACAUAAAUAAGGUGAAUGUGGAUAAUAUUGGCAUCAUUACGCGGGAACUCCUCAAGGAGAACAUUGUCCGUGGCCGUGGGCUUCUCUGUCGUUCCAUCAUCCAGGCACAGGCUGCCUCACCCACAUUCACACACGUCUAUGCUGCCCUUGUGGCGGUGAUUAAUUCCAAAUUCCCCAACAUCGGGGAACUCCUGCUGAAGCGUCUUGUCAUUCAGUUCAAACGUGGCUUCCGGCGCAAUGACAAAACAACGUGCAUCUCCUCUUCGCGAUUUUUGGCUCAUUUAGUCAAUCAGCGUGUUGCCCAUGAGAUUCUAGCCCUGGAGAUUCUCACACUGCUCGUUGAGAGCCCCACAGAUGACUCCGUAGAGGUGGCCAUUGCCUUCCUCAAAGAAUGCGGGCAGAAGCUAACAGAAGUCACCGCAAAGGGUGUCAAUGCGAUCUUUGAGAUGCUUAAGAAUAUCCUGCAUGAGGGGAAGCUGGAUAAGAGGGUGCAGUACAUGAUUGAAGUGGUCUUCCAGGUGCGCAAAGAUGGCUUCAAGGAUCACGUGUCUGUGAUUGAAUCCCUCGAACUUGUCGAGGAGGAUGAUCAAUUUACGCAUCUUAUAAUGCUGGAUGAGGCCACAGAUGGGCAGGAUGUUCUGAAUGUCUUCAAAUACGACGCAGAAUACGUGGAGAAUGAGGAUAAGUACAAAGGCUUAAGCAAAGAGCUUCUAGGCAGCGAUGCCAGUGAUUCGGAGUCCGGAAGUGGCAGUGGAGAUAGUGGCAGUGACUCAGAUUCCGAUGCAAGUGACGAUGAGGAGUCAGAAAAGAAGCCAGGUGAAACAAUAAUUGACAACACAGAGACUAAUCUCGUGGCUCUCCGGCGAACAAUCUACCUCACAAUUCACUCAAGUCUUGACUACGAAGAAUGUGCGCAUAAGCUGAUGAAGAUGGAACUCAAACCAGGGCAGGAAAUGGAACUCUGUCAUAUGUUCCUCGACUGCUGUGCCGAACAGAGAACCUACGAGAAGUUUUACGGACUCCUAGCACAGCGUUUCUGUAUGAUUAAUAAAGUCUACGUGGCACCCUUUGAGGAAAUCUUCCGCGACACGUACACCACGACGCAUCGCCUGGACACAAAUCGCCUCAGGAAUGUGAGCAAAUUCUUUGCGCAUCUCCUCUUCACGGACGCCAUCGGAUGGGAUGUACUGGAAUGCAUAAAACUCAACGAGGAAGACACCACAAGUUCCAGUAGGAUAUUCAUAAAAAUCCUCUUUCAAGAAUUAGUGGAAUACAUGGGCUUGGGGAAGCUAAACACCCGCCUGAAGGAGCCCAUCCUGCAGGAAUCCUUUGCAGGACUCUUCCCGCGGGAUAAUCCCAAAAAUUCCCGCUUUGCCAUCAAUUUCUUCACCUCAAUUGGUCUUGGAGGACUCACAGAUGCCCUCCGAGAGCACCUCAAGCAAGCCCCAAAGGCCGUGGGUCCGGUAAUUGGGGCUGCUGUGCAGAAGAUUGACAGCAGCUCAUCAUCAGAUGCCUCAUCGUCAUCAUCGGAAUCUUCUUCAGAGUCAUCAGAGAGCUCCUCGGAGGAUAGCAGUAGUUCGGAUUCUUCGUCUUCUAGUGAUUCUUCCGGAAGUGAAAAAAGGAAGAAGAGGAAAGAUAAAAAGAAAAAGCAAGUGGUUGAGAAGAAAAAGAAAACCUCUGGAAGGGAGAAAGAAAAGUCCACAAGGGAGAAGGAAGUAUCCGGAAGAAAGGAGAAGGAAAGCCGAUCAAAUGGACGGGAUGAAAAGAAACGUGAAAAGAGUAGAGAUAAAACAAGAGAGAAAUCCAGGGAGAGAUCCCGUAGGAAGUCUAGGGAAAGGAGUAGAGAGAGAUCCAGGGAGAGAAGUCGUGGAAGAGAAAAUGAGCGUAGAAAGGAUCGUGAGGAAAGAGAAGAUCACAGAGGUAGAAAGGAGCGACAAGACAGAUCAGAUCGCGAUGAGAGAAAAGAUCGCGAAGGGAGGAAAGAUCGCAAUGAAAGAGAAGAUCGUGAGAGUAGAAAGGAACGCGAUCGUCAAUCCAGAAGGGAGAAUGAUAGAUCAGAAAGAACAGAGAUAUCGGAAAGAUCACACAGGCGUGAGAGAUCGCGGGAUCGUCGGAGAUAGAUGCUCUUUCAGACAAACAAUCAAGGAAAUGAUAAAAUGUUUUAGCUCAUAAGAAAUAAUAAAAAAUAAAAUACAUAAUAGUGGAAAAAA